CGUUGUGCGUGGGUGGCUUCUCUUGUAAGAUCUGAUGGUACUGCAGUGACACAGCAGACCUGUGGACUUGGAAUUGGAAGGAAAGGUCGUGAUUUCUUUCAGUUUAUUAUAUUCAACGAACAUGAAGUUACGACUUGCUGGCAGCACACUUUUGGUGUUUUGGUUCGUUUUCGUUGCAACAGCAGCCCCAAAUAUCCAGGAAAACAAAACAGUGGCAGAAAAAUCCAACAGUUCGGAAACUAAAGAAAAACGUUCAGAGGAGAACAUCAUGUUUGGUAACCAACAAAACAAACCUUCGGCAACAACUGACGACUUUCCGAAAAAUUCAAAUAAAGACGGCUCAGAAUCAACUGAUGGCGAAGAAACUUCCACUUCGAGUACAGAAGAACAAACUGAUAAACGUUCCGAUGAAGAAAAACUGUUGAGCGAAGAUGAACAAGACGAAAAAUACAACUCGAACAAAAACCUCGACGUCUUUGGUUAUCUGGACACCCCUUCUGUAUUAAGUGUUACAAACCCAUAUGGCGGAGAACCUUAUGGACCCGAACCUGACAGAACGUCUGGACCUCUUCUGGGCACAGAUGUGUACGAUGAAUACUCACAAUACAGGCCGUAUGACUAUAGGGACGCUAUCUAUCGUCGAAAAAGGAGUUACAUGAGAAAAAGGAGUUUGAGGGACAACAUGGAAGAGAUGUUAGACGUUGCUCGACGUUUUCCCAGGCGAGCCAUGCGUUUGAAACGCCACACAGAUGUGGCACAAAUACUUAAGUGGCUAGACGCUUUGAACCAAGAAAAACAGUAUGAGCAGGUACCUUAUCAAGAACAGCAUCCAUUAACUGCUAAUGAAGAGGAGAACUCGGAGAUGGCGUACUCACCAGAUAGUGGACCUUUACCCGCCUUCUACUCGGGAAGCUACGCUUAUAACACUCCUGAUACAGAUGAAGAGGUUAUCGAGCCCGAAAUUAUGUGGAAAAACCCAUACAGAGAAAUAAGUAUGGCGCGACGUUCCUACCCUUACCCCACUGACUACCGAUAUUUUAUGUUGCCAAGCCAGAAGAGAUCCUCUCCACCAUCAAGUUUUGAUGACGAUGGCCAGUGGGAUCAGAUCAGUAAACAACUAUAUGAUAACGGUAACAGCAAGGAUCUGGAGCGGCUGUAUGUACUGGCCAACCUGCUCUCAGAUGAGGAUUCCGAAAGAGAAUUCCGCUACCGAAGGUCUGCUUAUGUUUAAAUUAAGAAACAUCAGAAGCUGUUAAACAAAAUGUUAUCUGGCUUGGAUGUACUCGUGCUUCCGAGUGCCAAGUGGUUGAAAUAUGAAAAUAAAGUUGUGGCAAUUAUUCAACUUAACUGUUUGUGCUGUUAGGUGUUUACUAAAGAUCGUAGCUUUACUACAUACAGUUAAACCGUGAAUAUACAUGUUAUGAAAGUUGUAUUAAUAUGAUUAUAUUUUAUAAGCUAGUGUGCAGUCUCCUGUUCUUCUAAACUCAAAACUUGCUUUAACAGUCGAUUUUGGACACUCUGAUCACAGUAAAACGUAUAUUAGUAUUAUUCUAGCUUAGUGUUUUAAUUGAAAUUUUAACAAAAAACUUUCAAGUUGUUGGAGCAUAAAAAGAACGAAAGAAAACUCUUAGCCAAUAUCUAAUCUUAGGUAAAAAAAUGGACUAUUUUAUUAAAACAAAUGUAACGCCUUAAAAGAAGAAUAUUAAAAAAUAAGCUGUACAGACAUAUAUUUUUUUUUCAAAAAUAAGACACACACUUACUGAGAAAUUGAGUUAACUUAACCCAUCAGUUUAAGAUCAAAGUAGUGUAGAUGAAAACGCCUAAUCUACUAUAAAAUGGGAAAUUUCUUGACGAUAGAGUACAGUUUAUUUGAUCUAAUUCGUAUUUAUAUGCACAUAUUUUUAUUAAAAUAAUUAUAUAAAAUAAUAUGUGGAACGUUCCAAAGUUAAUAUACAUUCGCGUAUUAACUUAAUAGUUAUUCAAGGUAAAUUAUUAUACUUUGCAGUAGGUCUGAGAUCGUAGUUAAAUUAUCUUUUUCCACCAUAUUUUUUUUUUUUUUGUUACUCAACAUAUUUAAUUAAGGCUUGAAAAUUUCAUUUCUGUCUGCAUCUCGUUCUAGCUCAAAACAGAGUAGUUACCGUAGCCUGAAAAUUUAUCAUGUUGAACGAUAUAUUGUGUUCUAUAGCAUAGAAAAGUUAUGCUUGUUUUCUAGAUUCUAUUCUCUGGUGUAACAAACUUAUCCUUGUUUGCGAAAUUGUUUCGUAGGAACUGAAAAAGUUAUCGUUCUUUGGCAUGUUGUAUCUGGUAUUGUGAUAAUUAAACACUUUUAUGUGAUGUACUUCCAUAAUA